UCCCAGUAACUGAAUCCAGGAAAGGCUGCCGGUGAUAGAUUAUAAAUUUAACUGUACCUCUUAUAAAAAGGAAAAGAUGCAUUCAGUAUGCAAUGGAUGUGAACGUGCUGAUUGAUGAGGUUACAAAAACAAAGGAAAAUAACAUUUCAUUAAAGCUCCUCAAGUGGAAGAGGUUGGAGUGCCAAAGGAUUUUCUAAAACAAUGGAUCCAAAUGACGUCAAGAAAAUGUUUCAACAGUUUAUAAGUGCACAACAGGAAGAGGCAGAGCGGCAGAAUGCAAGGGAUACUCGUCACAUAAAAGAAAUUGAAAAGUUGACUGGCCUACUGCAAACUACUUUACCUAAGAUGACCCCACAGGAUGACCCCGAGGCCUUCCUGAAAACAUUUGAGCGUGUGGCACGGCACUACAAUUGGCCUGAGGAGACAUGGUCCCCAAGAUUAGCUCCACUUCUAUGUGGUGAAGCCCAGUUGGCCUAUGCUGGUUUGGAUGAUUCUCAUGCAAUGUCUUAUACUCAAGUCAAAGAAGCCAUUCUGCAUUGCUAUAGGUCAACAUCUGACAUAUAUAGACAGCAGUUUCGUUCACUAAAGUUGCAUCCUGGUGAGUCACCCCGCUUUGCUGCUUUGAAGCUAAAGGAUUUAGCAAUACAGUGGCUUAAGCCCAUAGAAGCAGAAAAAAUGAAAUUACUAGACAAGAUUGUAUUGGAACAAUUUGUGACUAUAUUACCAAAAGAAACACAGGUCCAGUUACAGAUAUUAUACCCUGGUGACCUUGAAGCAGCAAUCACAUUUGCAGAGUCAUUUCCCAGUUCCAGCGAAGAUAUUUCAGAGUUAACCAGUGAGGUCCCCAUGAGCUCAACAUCCUUACCUAAUGAUAAUGAUACUCUGUUACCCGGGAAGAAAGUUGCUUGUAAUGAAUACACCACACCUAGUCCUUCAGAGCAAGAUGUUCAAGAUGUUUCUCAGAUUCAUUUUGAUGACGUUUUAAACUUCACAACUGCUGAAGAAGUUGAUAUCCAUAGUAAACUCCCGUUUCAUCAGACAGGUAAAAAGAAACUUCAUGAAGAUAGUUCAUCUUCAGCAAACAAAAGACGUCGGCUUUGUGAAAACGAUGUAAAGAUGAUGGCCUAUUUUGAUAUGGAAAAUGAAUCAAGAAAAAUUAUAUCACAGAUAUAUAAUAAACUGGAACAUUUGCCCUGUAUUGGGAAAAAAGAGACUGACUUUUUAAAAGAGUUAAAAGACAGGGUCUUGACCUUGAAAGAAAGGCAAAUUCAUGAAGAAGUCGUCAUUGGAAUAGUUGGCAUGACAGGAACAGGAAAAAACUUAUUAAUAAAUGCUCUUCUAAAUGAAAUGAAUUUGCUGCCCACUUCAUCAACAAACGCCUGCACCUCCUGCAUUGUCCAAGUGCAGGCUCAUGAAAACAAUUCCUCCAUGUACACAGCUGAGAUCGAGUUCAUGAGCAAAGAGGAAUGGGAAGAAGAGCUGAAAGAGCUUUUGGUGAGCUGUAAAGAUGGCAAUAAUCAGGAUAACAAUGAUAGUGACCAUGGAGAGGACAGCGAAAGUGAAAAUGCAAAAGAAAAAAUUAUUGCUGUUUAUGGAAAAGAUGGACUAACCAAAAGUUUUCCCGAAUUGACUAAUAAGAAAAUUCAUGAUUCUCUGAAGUCAAAGUUCAUUUCAAAAUCGGCUUCACAGCUGUCUAAUGAGAUAAAGUCCUACAUACGGAGAAAUUUAGAUGAAGAGAACCUUUGUUCUUACUGGCCUCUGGUGAAAAUUGUUAAAAUGUAUGUUCCAAAAAUCUGUGGCCUACCAAAUAAAUUAGUAUUGGUUGAUCUUCCAGAAAAUGGAGAUUCUAAUAAAGAGAGAAAUGCAAUGUGGAAGGAGUAUAUUACCAGGUGUUCUUGUAUUUGGAUUGUUGCGGAUGUUAAAAGAGUUGAAUAUGACAUCAAUGAAUUAAAAAUCCUGAAAAGAAAAUUAGCCAGAAUUGCUUGUGGAGAAAGGUGUCAAAACAUAACCAUCAUCGGCACUGAUGAGAUUGGCAUCCCAAGUGAUGGAAGUUCAGGAGAAGCAACAUUUCUAAUGGGUUCUGACGAGCAUGGUGUUAAGAACACCCUGAAGGUAUUUACAGUGAGUUCUAAGGAGUACUGGAAUAUCAAGCUACAAGAAAAUGAACUCCCAUUAUUAAAGGCAUAUUUGAGGGAGAUCUAUAUCAGCCAAACAAAGAAAGCAGUAUACAAUUAUGUUUCUGAGGUGUUUGGAAUGAUAUCCUUACUUAAUGUCCCUAAAGAAUAUGUUGGAGAUAAGGAUUAUAAGAAUACAUUUCUCUACAGACAACUGACCAUAAAACUUAAAAAUGAAAUCACUGCCUUGGAUCGUUUCUUUGGUAACAUUCUAGAAACCCUAGAGACAGAACUGAGAAGUGGUGUGUAUAGUGCUGAAAAGAGCUGUCUAUAUAAUCUUAACUCACUUUUACAACCUGAAAAUAUGAACUUCAGUGGCUAUCGUCAGACAAUUAAGGCUUUGUGCAAAAAUUCUGGAAGCUUUCUUUCAUCCACAGGACAUUGCAUUGAUCUCAACUAUAAACUGGCUUCUCCCAUGUAUGCAGCCGUGCAUGACACCAUCAAAAACACUUUCCGGUUCAAUGUCUGUACCAAAAGAACUAUAAAAGGAAACCUGAACUUGCUUCAAUCAAACUUCCAAGAAGCAUUCCAAUCAAAGAAAACUGCUGAGUCUUACCAGCUGAUAUUCAUUAAAACAGAAUUAAGAAGAAUAUUGGUGUUACUGGAAAAAAAAAUUCUCCACAGAAAAAUAAUUAUAUACAACAGUAUCAUGCAGUCCAUUCAGGAGAUAAUGGAACCAGUUUAUAAAGAUGCUGGUAAAGAAGAAAGCCAUAAUUCAAUGAAAAAAAUUAAGAAAAUGUUUAAAGAAAAACUGGAAGAAUGCCAAAGUACCAUGUUCAAAGAAGCAAUGAUUAACAUGCUGACUGAGUUUAAUGACCUAAAGACUGAUGUCAUAAAAACUCUAGAAGAUAAAAUGGAAGCAUCCAUGAUGCUGGCACUGACACAUUUUCCAGAGGGAUUGCAUUUACCAGAUUCCACAAAUGAAUUGGAGCAGAUGAAGACACUUUGUGAUAAUACAAACCUUGAAAUUUUUAACUGAAAGUUGAACUGACAUACAUAGAGGUGCAAUUCCUAAUUUAUUGUUUUAGAUACUAGCAGGUUUGGUUUUAUUUCGAUACAUUAAUAUUCUAUUUUGGAUACCCAUAAAUUUCAUAAACAGUGUUCAAACACUUCUUAAAAAUAUAAUUUGUUAUGAAAGUCUCAAAAGAAUCUGACUGAAAAAUGACACAGCAUUAGGUUUUAUUGUUAACCCUUUUUCCUAAAUAUAUUAUAACACAGUUGUUUUGAUCUACAUUGUCAAUUUGUACUCUUACCUUAUGUUUCUUAAUUGUAUUUUUAAAGUAAUGCAAUAUUAAUGUGCAAAUGAAUUUAGUUUUAUAUCAUAUAACACUUCAAAAAAAUCAGUAUAGCUGAUUUGUUAAAUUGUGUUCAUUAGCCACAGUGUUUAGAGAUAUUUCAAAUGAGUUUAGACUAUCUUAUGAUAAACUAUCUAUUAUUUCCUGUAUUACAUUCUGUUCAAUUGUAAGAAAUUUAAUGCUCCCUCCAUAUGGGAAAACAGUAUCUUAUAUUAUCUAAAGCUAGAAAAAAUGUAUUUUCUUUAUGUAGAACUGGGUUGAGUUUCUUUAGAUUUCACCAAAAACAUUAAUGUUUUUCAUCAAUAAGUCUGUUUGGCUCCUGUAUUAACUCUUUGUUCUUGGUGGGGAUGUAGGUUUUAAAAAGGUUAGUGAUUUUAAACUUUAUUUGUUUCUGUAAUAUAUAUUUUAAGUUUCUUAAUUUUGUUUCACUGAAACUUACACUUGAUUGUCAUAUCAUAACACUUCUUUUUUAAUGCAUAUCUUUGGAACAAAUAAAAUACUAUGUAUUCAUUAGUCACGUGCAGUAAAUAUCAGUAUUUUGGCCUCUGAUGUAGUCAGCUGGUCAAUCAGUCUGUCAGUCCACAUAUCUGGUCAUAAAACUCUUGUCUCUAUUUAGACAAUUUUGUAGAGUUGAAUUUAAGUAUAAGUUUGUAUUCCCAUUCUCUCUGAACACCCUUACGUUGUUACUGUCAGACACAGUGAAUCCCUAUGUGGAGUACUGAGAAGUUUGACGUUGUAGGCCUCAGUGAUACAUAUUUAUGUGUAUUGGAUCCUAUGUAGAAUACUAAAGAGUCACUUGCAGUUAAGCAGCACUCAUAAGUAAUUGUGUGAUAGGAUUUCUUUUCUCUGAAGUAUCAAACUGACAGGAAUAAGACCACAUUAAAA